AUGAGUGAGGUUGAUCAUAGCAUGAACUCCAAGAGAUUGGUUUUCGUGACGGUUGGAACAACAUGUUUUGAUUCUUUGGUCAGAGCAGUGGACACUCAAGAAGUUAAAGAAGCCUUGUUUAGGAAGGGCUAUACCCACCUUGUCAUUCAAAUGGGACGUGGAACCUACAUCCCCACGAAGUCUCCCGGAGAAGAUGGAUCCGUGGACGUAGACUAUUUCACAUUUUCCUCAAGCAUAGCUGAUUACCUGAAAUCCGCGUCUCUUGUUAUCAGUCAUGCUGGUUCAGGGAGCAUAUUUGAGUCAUUGCGGCUCAAAAAACCUCUAAUUGUGGUAGUUAAUGAGGAUUUGAUGGAUAAUCAUCAAAGUGAGCUGGCAGAAGAACUAGCAGAGAGAAAGCAUUUGUUUUGUGCUCGUCCUCAAACGCUCUAUCAGACAAUCUCAGAAAUGGAUCCAGAAUCUCUUAUAGUGUAUCAACCGGGUGAUGCAACCCCGGUUGCAAAGUUCAUUAACAGGUUUCUAGGUUUUCCUGAUGAUUGA